AUGAUGAGGCCUCCUGUCCGUUCAUACUCUGAGUUAGUAACUUUACUUGAAAGUUAUGCUGACAAGUACAAACUUGAUGCUACUCCUGCAUCAAUGGUGUUCUAUGGACAGAAGUCUUACAAAAACAGGAAACAAAUUGGCAUUGAGGUUCAUAAAUAUGGUUCUAAUCUCUUUCUCUCACAGCACAGGUACAUUGUGGAUCUCUUCACUCGAGCUGGUAUGCAUGAGAGCAAGCCAUUAUCAACUCCAAUGCCGAAAAAAGCACAACAGAAAUCUGGUUCCCAGGAAUUAUUUACUGAUGUCAAAACCUAUAGAAGUCUCGUGGGAGGUCUGCAAUAUCUCACAUUUACAAGACCAGAUAUUUCUUAUAGUGUGAACUAUGUUUGCCAGUUUAUGCAAGCUCCAACAACAACCCAUUUUCAGUUGGUUAAGAGGAUCUUAAGAUUCGUACAAGGCACUGCCACUCUUGGUAUUCUAAUUAUGUCCAAUAGUUCACUUGAUCUAUAUGGUUUUUCAGAUGCAGAUUAG